CGUUUGCAUGCGCGCAUCCGUUCUGACGUGAGGGCGGGAGCGGCAGGCGGCCCGUGGGCGGUUCGGGCCGCGCUACUUGUGCGGGGCGCGGUGCGGCGCUGCCGCGAUCCCCUGCCAUGGAGGAGCAAAAAGAGACUCUGCAAAGGAUCAUCUCUACUCUUGCAAACAAAAAUGAUGAAAUUCACAACUUCAUUGGCAUGCUGAACCAAACAAUACAAAAUGUUCAGAUAAAUUCUUCUAAUGUGAUUAGUGAAUUGGAUGAUGAAUUUGAUGCUCUGUAUUCUGUAUUGGAUGAGAUGAAGGGGAGUAUGGCUGGCACUAUUCAGCAGGAACAGGCUCGUAAAAUUCAAGCUCUUCAGAAUCAGCUUAGCCAGUGUAGUAGUGCCCUGGAGAGUUCUGAAGAGCUGCUGGAACUUGCUGCGCAGUCGCUGGACAUAAAGGACCCUGUGGAAUUCUCAGAGGCUGCCAGACAGAUCAAAGAUAGAGUCACAAUGGCUUCAGCAUUUCGCAUCUCUCUGAAACCCGAGGUCAGUGACAGUAUGACUCACUUGAUGGUGGACUUCACCCGCGAAAGGCAUGCACUCCAGGCUGUUAAGUUUUUGCCAGUUCCUAAAGCUCCAGUGAUUGAUUUGGCAGCAUGUCUAGUCAUUGAUAACUGUAUAACAGUAUCAUGGAGAAUGCCUGAAGAAGACAACAAAGUUAAUCACUUUGUACUGGAAUAUAGGAAAACCAACUUUGAUGGGCUUGCUCGUGUAAAAGAUGAACAGUCUUGGGAACUGAUAGACUAUAUUAAAGCUACUGAAUAUAUAUUAUCAGGUCUAAAAUUUGAUACAAAAUAUAUCAACAUUAGAGUACGAGCUUGCAACAAAGCUGUGGCUGGGGAAUACUCAGAUCCUGUGACUCUGGAAACAAAAGCAUUUGUGUUUGAUUUGGACAAUACUUCAUCUCAUCUGAACUUAAAAGUUGAAGAUUCCUAUGUUGAAUGGGAACCUACUGGAGGUAAAGGCCAAGAAAAAGUAAAAGGGAAAGAAAAUAAAAGCAGUGGCCAGAAUACUGUGCUGAAGAGCAGUAAAAGAAGUGGUGCAUCUCCAAAGAAGACAUCUAUUGGUGGAAAGGCCAUGGUGAAGGGCAGCAGAGAUCGUUUUGCUGGUGAAUCGUACACCGUGUUAGGAAACAAUGCUAUUGAAAGUGGGCAGCACUACUGGGAAGUGAGAGCACAGAAGGACUGCAAAUCCUACAGUGUGGGUGUGGCGUAUAAAACUCUGGGGAAAUACGAUCAGCUGGGAAAGACUAACGUAAGCUGGUGCGUCCAUGUCAACAACUGGAUGCAAAACACAUUUGCAGCAAAACACAAUAAUAAGACCAAGACACUGGAUAUACCUGCUCCAGACAGAUUAGGAGUAUACUGCAACUUUGAUGGAGGUCAGCUCACGUUUUACAAUGCAAUCUCAAAGGUGCCACUACAUACCUUCAGAAUGAAAUUCACACAGCCGUUGUUACCAGCCUUCAUGAUCUGGUGUGGUGGUCUUGCAGUAAGUACUGGUUUGCAGGUGCCAAGUGUUUUCACUGCACUCCAGGAAAAUCAAAAUGGAUUAAGGAGAUCAACUAGUAAUCUAAAUAAUAUUGCUCAGUAAUGUCUGUUGAACACUUGUAUUGUUGAAUGUUUUUUUCAGUGUGGCUGCUAUGCGAUGAAACUUGAGAAUUGGUUUGAAAAAUGGGUGGGAAAAUCAAGAGCUGUAGCUAUGUACUUUUCUAUUACUGUACUUAAGCAUUUUGUUAUGGACUUGAAUAUUAAUUUUGUUACAAAUAUUUUUCUAUGAAGAAUAUAACAAAUAGUGGUGGUUUUUUUGUUUUUUUUUUUUUUAGCUCUCCUAGCAAGAAUUAUUUGACUACAGAUUAAUACUACUGGUCUUCCCAUACAAACAUGAGAUAACAAGCAGGCAUCUCAAAAGAAUAUCUAUUCAUAUAAGAGAUUAUUGGGUAGAUAUGAAGAAAUAGAGCAAUUGUGCUUUUUUUCUGAUUUAAAAAAAAAAAUCAAAAACUAACACCUAAUUUACUUUUGGAUUGGUAGUCAUAUAUUUUCUCCUACAAAUCCCAUAAAAUAUUUUUUUAAUCUCAAUUCUUACCUGGAAGUUUAGUAGUAGUGAAAUGAUUUAUUAGUGGGAGAGCUUAAAAAAAAAAAAACACAAAAAAACCACACACACACACACAAAAAAAAAAACAAAAACAAAAAAAAAAAACCCCAAACAAACCAAAAAACAGCAGCAACAAAAAAGGCAUGUUAUAUUCUUUGUGGAAAGAGUUAACAUUUCAGUGAGAAUUAUUUGUAUAUCAUUGACUGUUUAAAAAAAAAUCUGCUUGCUUCCCUCUAAUCAAGUCCAAGAGCUUAGAAAUAAUUUUUUCAGCUACAUAUUAGAACUGCUUUGAAAGUAAUGCCUCCUAGUUUAUUAUGUUGGCUCACAGUGUCAGAGGAGGUGGUAUGGUAGUAGAAGUUAAGCCUGGGAAGGAAUAACCACAUGCAUCAGUAUAGAUUUGGGACUGGCCUGCUAGAAAGGAGAAAGAAGCUCUGCAGAGAACGCUCCAGGUGUCCUGGUGGACAACAGGUUGGCCAUGAAAUAGCGGUGUGCUUUUGUGGCCAAGAAGGCUGCAAUAAAAAGAAUGUGGUCAUCAAGUCAAGAGAAGUUCCAGCACUGGAACAAGCUGCCCAGAGAGGUUGUGGAGUCUCCCCUAGAGAUUUUCAAAACCUACCUGGAUGCUUUCCUGUGCAACCUGCUGUAGUGAACCUGCCUUUUCAGCAAGUUGGAAUCAAUGGUCUGCAGAAGGUCCCUUCCAACCCCUGUGGUUCUGUGAUUGUGACAUAAUCCUUAAAUGAACAGCAUCUGAAGCUAUCACAUAGACAGUUGUUACUAUCCAAAUCUCAAGUAUUUCUUCCUUAUUUCUUUAGUUUUUUUGUUGGUUUUUUUUUUUUUUUUUUAGUUGCAGUGAACAUCUGAGUAGAGCUCAACUGCAAAGAUGUCAUUGUCAUGUGAGAUUUGCAUGCCUGGGCCCUGAUGGUGUUUAGAGAGAAGGAUUAUGAUGUUUGCUUCUUAUUUUGGGACUUAUUCUUUAAUAGACUCCUAAAUAGCCAAGUGCCUGUUCCUACUACCUGCUCAUCUGCUUGGUUUUGGAUGUCCAGCUACAGUUUCUGUUUAAAUUUACCCUACUAUAAACAUUAAUUUUUCUUUCUGGAGCAGAAAGUGUGUAAUGAGAAGCAACCAUGAGUAAUCUAACUCUGUAAUGAGAGUGUAAUAAGAGAGGUCACAAGGUGUUCCCCAGGGCUCAAUACUGGGACUGCUUCUAUUUAACGUCUUUAUUAAUGAUCUUGAUGAAGGGAUUGAGUGUACCCUCAGUAAGUUUGCAGACGACACCAAGCUGGGAGGGAGUGUUGAUCUAUUUGAGGGGAGAAAGGCUCUACAGGGGGACCUGGAUAGACUGGAUUGAUGGGCUGAGUUUAACUGUAUGAGUUUCAAUGGGGCCAAGUGUCAGGUCCUGCCUUUUGGUCACAGCAACCCCAGGCAACCCUACAGGCUUCAGGAGAAGUGGCUGCAAAGAGGCCUGAUGGAAAGGGACCUUGGUGUACUGAUAGACAGUCGGUUGAGUAUGAGCCAGCACUGUGCCCAGGUGGCCAAAAAGGCCAAUGGCAUCCUGGGUUAUAUUAGGAUGGUGUGUUGAGCAGGACUAGGGAUGUCAUCCUGCACCUGUAUUCAUCAUUGGUGAGGCCUCACCUCGAGUACUGUGUUGAGUUUUGGGCAUCUCAGUACAGAAAGGACAUUGAGGUGCUGGAGCAGGUCCAAAGUUGUUGUCAUAUGAAAAAUGGCAGCAGACAGGCAGCCUGACAGAAUGGUGUCUGACUUGGAAGUGGGAGUGAAGCAAAGGUGUGUCAUUGAAUUCCUCCAUGUGGAAAUAGUGGCACCCACUGACAUUCAUCGACACUUGCUGAAUAUGUAUGGAGAUCAAACAGUGGAUGUGAGUAAAGAUGAGGCAAUGAGUGGUGUGUUUCAAUAGUGGCCAUAGAGGGUGACUUCUGCUGGAGCAGAUUUUUACAGGCCUGCAUGCUGCACUCUUGCUCCCAGCUAGAAAAAAAAAUGCAUAGCUAAUGGUGGUGAUUGUAUUGAAAAAGUGUUUUGUAGCUGAGAACGAGCUCUAUCAAAUAGUAUUAUCUUUGUAUCUAUUGUAGUUUCCAUGGAAAUAAGAGGCGUUGCUUUCAGAGCAACCUAUGUAAUUUUUUUCUUUAAUGCUUAGUUUGAAGGCAGCAUGAAGGGUUUCAUACUGUGAUUCUUUUGACUUGAAAGUUUUAGUCUAACCAAUGUCCUAAAUUAACUUAACAUGUGACUUUGUACUCUUGAAAGAUAAAUUUGUUACAAUAGUUUGCACAGAUUUCAGAUCUUUGCUGCUAACAGCUAGUUCCAUUGUUGGUGUUGUGUUUGUUUUGUUUUGUUUCCAGUAAAUGGGGAUAUGAAGAAUUGCCUUAAGCACUUUAGAUUUUUUUAGACUUUUUUUUCUUUUGAGCUAGUGUCUGUUUUGACUUGAGUACCAAUAUAUUAGUGAUACAGUUGAUACACUGUUUGUACAAAGUAUAUUAAUGAUAUUUGUUAAGAACUUGCUCUGAGGGUAAAGUGAGAUGCAUGCAGCCUUUGGAGCUGCUUUUCCCAGAGGAAGCUUCAGGGAUAGGAGGGAUGGUUCUUUGGCGGGGAUUAUCUUCUGUCCGAUGCAGUAAUACAGCUGGUGACUUCAAUGCUGAGCCUCACUGCUCUGGAGACAGACUGUUUGGUUGGCAAGUCAGGGGAGAUCUUCUAAAUGACCAAAAUGAGAUUUUACUACUACUUACUUGAGCAGUUACUGGUAAUAUUUCAGCAUUAAAAUAUCUUCAGCACAACCUGUAAGGAACUGGAGGUUUCCCUCGAAGCAGAAGGUUAUCUUCAUUUCUGUGAGAAGGUGCACGAAUUUAGGAACACGGAUUGCAGAAAGGAUGAUGUAAAAGCAUCCAGCUGAGAGGUGUUCCUUUAAGUACCAAAUUGAGAAGGCAGAAGGGGACUUGUCUUUCUUCCCUCAUUGCUUUUUCUCCUCAAAGUGCGGCACGAAGCUAUGGCACAAACCUCCUUCGCUGCUUCUCGUAUUCAGACAGAGGCAGACGUUCUCCCCAGUUCACUCCUAUGGGCCGGGCCGCUCUGCCGGAUCUCAUCUCAUCUGCCAUCACGCUUCGGCCCAUCCCUCGGCAGCCCCCUGCCCGCAGACCCGUCGCCGCCCGCUGGAGGCAGGGCGCCUUCCGCUGUCUUUGACGGGUGUGUGUUGCCAGCGUUUUGUUACUGAAUAAAGCUGAGAGCUGAUGCGUACACCUCAA